CUACAUUAUCCUAACACUGCAUAAAAUAUAUCGAUUUUCUUCGAAAUAUUACUAAUUUAAAAUAUAUUAUCGAAAGAUCGAUAGAUCGAUCGAUUGAAGAAUAUAUAUAUAUAUAUAUAUAAUGGCUGGAUUGCCCUGCAAACUUGUGGCUCAAGUGGCGUUCAAAGCUGGGGGUGAUGUAUUCCAUUAUUUGAUGGCAAAGAGACCUCAGCAUUUGGCAAAUGUGACUCCUGGGAAGAUCCAAAGCUGUGAUGUGCUUCAGGGAAGUUAUGGAACUGAUGGAUCUGUCAUUCAGUGGAAGUAUACCCUUGAUGGAAAAGAAGAAACCGCGAAACAAGCACUUCAAGACAUCGACGAAGAGAAGAAGACCGUCACUUAUAAAAUGUUGGAGGGCGAGUUACUUCAGUUGUACAAGAACAUGAUCAUAAUCUUCCACGUCGAGACCAAAAAUGGCGUGGAUUUCAUAACUUGGACCAUAACCUAUGAGCUGAUUAGCGCUGAUACUCCACACCCUCUUUCACUUAUCAAGUUUUUCAUCGAGUUCACCAAAGAGAUCGAAACUCACAUCUUUGGAUAAUCGAGGGUUUGAAAAAAAAAAAAAAAAAGCCUCAUUUUAUUUGUUUUCUUUUAUUUUCGAAAACAAGAAAAAUAAAAUCAAAUAAUAAAGGUCGCCAUUCUUGGUUUUAAUGGCGAUCAUUUAGAAAUAAGAACUAUCAUGUACUUGUGAAUAACUUGUAUGAGGCUUGGUGAAGAAUGUGUGAAUUUGAAUCUUUAUUUUAUGAAUCGUGUGUUUGUAUUUGUAUUUAAAUUAUAAUUGAAUAUGAUACUCCCUCCGUCCCGGUGCAAGGUUGUCGUUUA